AGGGUGUGUGGUGCGGAGACGGACUGAGAGCGAGAGAGAGCGUUGUGUGCUUGUGUGCCUCUGUGUGUGGAGCUUCGCGGUAUCUGGAGCCUCAUUUCACUUGUGGAUGCUACUGGGGGUUCGUUGCCGGACAGGGGAUGUUGCAGAGACGGCUCUGCUUGCCGUGCACUUUACACUGCUCGUGGCGUAGCAUCUGCGCCGGAAAUCGUCAUGGUGAUGAUCGUUGCUGGUUUUGAUGUCGCAUGGUAGGUUGAACUCGGGAAUUGUGGAGGGAAAUUUGAACUUUGGCGUGUGCCUGGGUGGAGGUGGUGCUGAUGGUGGUAGUUCCGGUGGCCUUGAUUGUAGAUUUCGUGAACAGGGGAUUUUGAUGGUUGAAUUUGUCUUGUAGAGGUACUAGAAUUUGGGAUGGAGUAGUAUGGAGAGAGAAAGAGAGAUAUGUAGCGAUGGUUGCGUGAGCGAAGGGUUGGAUUCUGUGAGCAUGUGUGAUUAUUUUAUGUUGCUGCUUUGCGGCGCCUGGAAAAAGUGGAUUUGCGGAGCGACAUGAGGAUAAGAGAGAGAGGAUUGUGGUGUGACGGUAUGAAGGGGUUAGAGAGUGGUAGCGGAGUAUGAGACGUUUUGUGCACUGGAGCAUCUUGAGAGCCGGAUGGGCACAUAUGAUGUCCUUCUGGUGUAACGAUCGUGACUGUGGUUUUGGGUGUUGGUUACGGCACGUACUUUUAAAGAUUUAGUGAGUGCUCUCUUGUGGUGGAUACUUUGAAGCACGUUUCUCAAUUAAUCUUGACUUUUGGGCAAUUUUGAGCGCUGGGGUUAUGGAGUAGACUUUCUGCUCAGACUUAUCUUGAGGCGUUUGUUGAAUUGUGGAGAUUUUGAGCGCAUGCUGCUCCAAUUUAAUUUGAACAGAGUGCGUUAUCCUCGCAGCGAUGGCGAUCACCGUGACUGUUGUUAGGUUUUAUGCACCGUACUGGAAUUGUUGACAAUUCUGUGUUCGUAGGCAACGAAGCUUUGGGUUUCUCUCCACGCACUUGAGAGGUAACUGUAGCCGUCUGGCACCUGGGCCGUUUCACCGAUGGAAUUAAUUGUCUCCGGAAAGAGGUCAGCUGCAGGAAGGCCUCAAUAAAGUGGCAAGGUGGCUGGACGAAUGAAUUUUUGUGCAGUCGUAGGUAGCGGAAGCUCCAGGUGUGGAAUGUUUUCACCGAAAGGGGAUUCGACAUAUUCUCAGCCGAGGUAACAAAAGGGCAAAGCAGGUGGGUUUGAAAGAUGUGGGCGGAUGGAGGUCCGCGGAAAGGGCUCCAGCUUCAGAGAGCAAGGUCAAACGGCUUGGCUGCCCUUUUAGAACGAGCAAGAAAGUGAUAGUGCCGUGGUUGUUGCUGCUUGUAUGCAUGAAGAAAAGUGGCAAGUGGGGACGGGACCGCACUCUGGCACAUGUCCUCGACGUUUCUCAAUUGGGUUCGGAACUCUCCUUUACAAAAGAUGGCAAAAUUGAUAUUAGUAGCGUGCGAUCGUAUCUCGAAGCGCAGCUCAGCGUCAUUCGAGACCCAGAGGAGUGUUAUAUAUCUGGUUCCAGCCACAGGGAUGGCGUUUUCAUCAAUGCCGCACCUUUCGGGAAAGAAACUGUUGCGAUGGACAGUGGAAGUGCCUGCGGCGACAUCAAGUUCGAUAUGAACUUCUUGCACCUGGAGAGCCAGACAAUUUUCAGCAGUGUGCGUGCCAAUGCGUGUGUGUGGAAAGGACGGUGGAUGUACGAGGCAACCUUGGGAACAGCCGGCAUUCAGCAACUUGGCUGGGCUACAAUCUCAUGCCCCUUUACGAAUGAGGAAGGGGUAGGUGAUGCGGCGGAUUCGUAUGCGUAUGAUGGGAGGAGGGUUCGCAAGUGGAGUAAAUGUCAUGCUUCGUACGGCCAGCCUUGGGUAGUGGGGGAUGUUAUAGGUUGCUGUUUGGACUUGAAUAAGAAACAGAUUAUAUUUUACAGAAAUGGUAUUUGUUUAGGUGUGGCUUACGACAACAUCAGAGGGCUUGAACCUAGAGAAGGCUACUAUCCGGCAAUUUCUCUUUCGCUUGGCGAACGCUGCGAAUUGAAUUUUGGUGGCAGACCAUUUAAGUACCCUGUUGAGGGGUUUGCUUCCAUUCAGCUGCCUCCAAUAGUCCAGAUUAGCGACAACAAGCAUGGAAUGAUUUUAUCAUCUACAAGAGCAAAGUUCCUGCUCGGUUGUUUGCAGAGGCUCGUUCAAUUGGGAAGUCGCGAGGUUGCUGCUGCCAUGGCUCCUGAAGACAGAUUAAGGAGAUACUCUCGCUUGACUGGCUAUGAUGUUUUGUCACUAGGUUCGGAAAUAUGCGAUUUUCUUCUACCGCUACUCUUGGUUAGUCCUAGGUCUGAUGAUUUAGUUUUAUUGGAAAAUAAUUUGAAGGUUCCAGGAGAGUACACAAUUUGGUGUUCAUUGGUUCCGUUCCUUCUGGAAACUUACAGAAAGGAAGCUCCCCAUGAUGCCUCUAGUGUUGAUCAGGCAUUGGAUAUUUUGCUCCCACGAUUAGAAAGGCAUGUGCCUGUUGGCGAUUUUGUUACUACUAUUAUGGAAGCUCUCGCGUAUGGCUGCCGCACAUCCCCAUUCACGCUAGUUGACCAUCCUUAUACGGGUCCUUAUCCUUACCUGGCGCUAGCUUGUCAUCUACUGGAGCGAUAUGACUUCAUGGUCUCAUGGUGGAUGUCAGUAGGGUUCGAUUCAUGUUUGGAAGGGCUUCUUACUCGAAAGGGUCCAAACAAAAAUGAUCUUGAAGGGUUGCUGCCAAUUGUAUGGUGGCCUGGAUCUCGGGAGGAUCUCUGCUCUGAGGGUAAAAUGAAGCAUGCUGCGACGUCAUUGUCCAAGGCAAUUGUGAAGGUGGAAGAUUUGCAAUGGGAGCUCUGCACUCGAUUGCUCCACUUUGUACCGCCCCCAGCAGCUGAUUUAUCCCAGCCCGUUCCUGGCGUGGUUUUUCGGAGAUUUUUGCGGAAUCUUGUAUGCAAAAAUCGUGGGGCCAACAGGAGUAUAGCGCCAGCGGGGCUGUCUGAUAAUUCUGUUCUCGUUUCGACAUAUUGUGUUCUGCUGCGACUUCUAUCUGAGGGCUUUGGACCAGGCAAGAUGAAUGGUGAUUUCGCUGAAGGAAUGAAGGAACAAGAUUAUUCUACAAGUUUACUUCACAGGGUCGGCAAGCGUAGUUUUCCUGUCAGCAUCUUCUUGAAAGACUCCGGCGCCACAGAUUUCGCUCGCUUGGGUGGAACUUUCAGCCAUUUGGUGAAAACCUUUCCUGUCGGGUUGGAUGUUUCAGAAGUGGAAUGGGAGGAAAGCUGUAUGGAUGAAGGAGAUAAUGUUGUGCGACAUGAUGGUAAACUGAAGCCAGCUUGUUGUUCCGACCUUACCUUGAGUGGGCUGCUGAGCGACAGCAAGACUCCUGUGAGGGCCCCAAGUAAGUUAGUCGCUGUCAGUGCUGCAGCUGGAGUGAGUGAGAGGGCGGGUAGCCCCAUCAGUAGUAAUUAUACUAGUGGUCGCAGUUGUGACGGGUGUGUCGAAGACAAACCAAGUUCAAGCGGAAGGGUGGAUAUUGGGUUGGGCGGCGCUCCUGUUUCCCGCAGCUAUAAGAGGCAAGGGUUUAAGCCUAUGAAGGAGCUAUCUGAAUCUAUUAGAGAAGAGGAGUUGCUGGAUAUCAUGCUCUUGCUGUACCACCUCGGACUAGCUCAAAAUUUCAAACAGGCCUCGUUCUUCAUGCAGCAUCAGAUGCAAUCAAUUGCUCAACUUGAUGAAACAGAUCGUCAGAUACGGGAAGAGAAGAUGUCGAGUGAAUAUGUGAAGCGUUUGAAAGAAGCCAGAACACUAUACCGAGAAGAUUUGAUUGAUUGUGUUCGGCAGUGUACAUGGUACCGUGUGACAAUGUUUGCAAGGUGGAAGCUUAGGGGAAUGUAUGCCACCUGUAUGUGGCUUGUGCAGCUUUUACUAGUUCUGAGUAAAAGAGACCCUCUCUUCAGCUACGUUCCAGAAUUCUAUGUUGAGACUCUGAUGGACUCUUUUCAUGCUUUGCGAAGAAGCGACCCUCCGUUUGUAUCGCCGUCCUCUCUUCUGCAGCAGGGGCUUUCUCCUCUGGUGACUUUCCUGGUUACCCACUUUAAUGAUGUCCGAAUAGCGAAUCCAGAUGUUCGAGAUAUUUUGCUGCAGUCAAUAUCAGUUUUGGUACAAUAUAAGGAACAUGUCAUCGCAUUUGAACGGAGCCAAGCAGCUCGAGAAUGCAUGGCUGGCUCUCUUCUAUCUUCUUUUGACAACCGCUUUUGGAUCCCUGUAUCCAACAUCUUGUUGCGGCUUUGUAAGGGUUCUGGCUUUGGAGCCUCAAAAUGUUUGUCACAUGGAGAGUCUUUCUCCCCGCAUUUUCAGCGUUUACUGAAGGAAAAAUGUAUGACCGACGAAAGGCUCUUUGCGUCCUUCCUCAAUCGUCUCUUCAAUACGCUGAACUGGACUAUCACAGAGUUUUCAGUUGCAAUUAAAGAGAUGCAAGAACAAUCCGACUUGCGUCAGGUGCCAGAUUUGCUUCAAAGGAAAUGCACAAUUAUGUUCGAACUUUCUUGCAAUUUAGAAAGGAUACUCGAGUUCCUCACGCAAGAGUUGCCAUAUGCUUUCUUGCGAGGGCCUGAAAUCAAUCUUCUUCGGCUUUGUGAGAUUAUCGUAUUCGUUCUCAAUCACACUACAAUAAGCGCAGACGCUCAUUUCUUUGAUAGCACUGUAAGGCAGCAGGGACAAUCUCCGGAAAAGAUUAAUCGAGCAAUGAUCUUGGCUCCUCUUGUUGGAAUUAUACUCAAUUUGAGAAACGCUACCUCAACACCUAAUCAUGUUAUGGCCUACGACGUGGCAACAGUUCUUGCUGGUUUAGACGUUUCGGCAGCUGUUAUUGCCAAAUUUCAAUAUCUGAUAGACUACAGUUGGGAGAUGGCAUUCAAAGGAGAUAUUUCUAUCAGCAGAAUUUCAGAUUUGAAACAGUUUGUUUCAAAACUGAAGCUUGAAUCAAAAGCUGCAAGGAAACAGACCUCUUCUCAUGAUUUGCUUGCAAUGAGUUCAACCUCAGAUCUUCUUGGGAGCCUUGCAAUGAUGGACAGGGAAGAGGCAUGCACUAUAUGCUAUGCUUGUGAAGUGGACACCAUUUUCUUUCCCUGCAAGCACAAGUCUUGUCAACGUUGUAUAUCUCGACAUCUUCUCAACAAUCAGCGGUGCUUUUUCUGUAAUUCCACCAUCAUCAAGUUUUCGCCCAUCCAAGCAACCCCUGCUGUUGAAGAUGACUAGUGUCGAACAAAUUCAAACAGGACAUCAACUGAAGCUUAAAUAGACGCAAAAAGCGUCAAUCUAACAUAGGCCUAUCACUGCGCAUAUUCAACAGCAGACGGGUGCCCAGUGGUUGAGCUACUAUGGCAUCAGGGUGAACUAACCUGUUUGAAAGUUUCUAUGGCUUCCGGGUGUCGUGUAUCUCUACGAGCUAUCUGAAAUACCUGCUGUAGGUAAGUCUAUGGAAACCUGACCCAUUUACGACAUCUGGUCCCAUUUCUUGAUCCACUAUUCGUCACACUUCUGGAGGAUUGCUUGGAAGGGUGCCAAAGGUGAUGUACAUACAACAUUGCCAGCACGUUGAAGUCCAUUUGGAUCAUUCAAGCAGGUGAUGCUAUUUGCAGGUCGUUGUAAGUGUUGUUGCUUUGUUCUUCUAAAUACCAAUAGGUUUUUUGUCAUAGAGCAUAUUUAUCUGAACUCGUUAUCGAUUGAUAGAAAUUCGUGCGGAACUAGCAAAUAGGACUUCCUGUAGUCGGUGCAUUGAGAUCGGAGUGCAAUUUAGUUUUGAAUCAUGUCCUUUAGUUUCUACAUGUCGUUAAUGAUUUUGAUGUUCUGGAGGAAGGGCGGUAGAGUUGAUUUUAGUAUCCAGUGUAGAUCUAAACUUAACUAGGUAUCAAAGGUCUUUAAAAAUGUCAUUCAUCUUGCAAAGUGAUGUUCUUACUGAGACCACGGAAUGGAAUUUGGUACAGGCCUCAGUUGUUUCUGCAUUUUUAUGAGGUGAAGAUGAGGCUGAUAAGGUGGAAGGUGUUCUGGAUAUCCUCCUACCUUAGGAAGUCAUCUUUCCUCUGUUGCAGCCACAUUUAUUUCUCACACAUCGAAAUGGAACUUUGCGUUAGGACGAAUUUUCUUUCCGUCACCAUGUCAAUACAAGUACUGCAGGUGUCAUGACGCCGGCAUGCUGUUUUGUUUCGGUUUCUCUGUGAUGGAAGUGCAAUUUUUGUGCGAGAUGGAUUAUUCCCUCGAUCUGCCAACGUUACCGAGGUUAAAAAAUCUCCAAUGUACACACCCAAUCUACAUAUAGUUUCUCAUUCAGUUUCGUCUGACGCUUGUAGGUUAGACUAGUGUUGAUUUGGGUCGCAUGAAUAAUUAUCUACCACCAUACUAUGAACAAACACAAUUGCUUGCUAAA